AAGAGUGAGAGUUGAGGGUGUGUGGACGAGAGAGGGAGAGGAGACAGAGAGAGAGAAAGAGAGAGAGGUGGUAAAGCAAAGGCCAGCGCAAGAGAGAGAGAGAGAGAAAAGUGGGAGAGUCUGGGGUGAAAGAUCAAGGGGAGAGAGAGCGUAGGGAGAGCAAGAGAGAGUUGGUAAAGCAUAGGCCAGCGAGAGAGAGAGAGAGAGAGAGAAGAGUGGGAGAGUGAAGGGCGACUUGAGCGAGAGAGAGGGAGGGAGAAAAAGAGAGAGAGGUGAGAGUGAAGGAAGCUGAAGGGGAAGAGACCACAGAGAGUCCGGAGCGAGGGAGAGAGACAGGACCUGCUGCACUGUGUCUGCCCCCCGAGUCGGACAUGGGGCCCCCUCCGUGCGCUAGGAUUACCUGUUAUCUGGUGGCGCUCACCUUUGCCCAGGUGGUCACCGGCCAAGACACCAAGACAGAUACGUGUACGGAAAAUGGCAAGUUGUAUGCCAACAAUGAAAGGUGGAACCCGGAGCCUUGCCGGACGUGUGUGUGUGAGACGGGGAGCGUGUUUUGUGAGGACGUGCUCUGUGAGGACACAAGCCAAUGCAGGUCUGUCGAGAUCCCGGUGGGGCAGUGCUGCCCUGUGUGUUCAGACGCAGCAACAACCCCAAGUGCAGAGGACAAUACAGUCGACACGGGGAGCCUGGCUGCAAACUGCACGGUGGACGGCGCGGUCCACAGCCACCACGACGUCUGGAAGCCCGAGCCCUGCCGGGUGUGCGUGUGCGAGAGCGGCGUGGCUCUGUGCGAAGACUUGCAAUGCGAGCCGGUGGGCCACUGCCCCAAGGUGGUCACCCCCGACGGAGAGUGCUGUCCGGUGUGCGAAGGCUUCGCCAGCGCGCGUCGCACCGUUGAAAUGAUGACCGUCAAGGGACAGAAGGGCGAGCCAGGAGACAUCCCCUACGUGGUGGGGAUGCCCGGGCGUCCUGGACCCAUGGGCCCACAAGGAGCACAAGGGCUCAAAGGUCGCAGCGGCUUCAAGGGCAGACGGGGCACAGAGGGACCUCAAGGUUUCGAUGGAGAGCCAGGUGUCCCGGGGAACCCUGGACAAGCAGGACCCCCUGGCCAGCCUACUCACCCCGGCGGCCAGUUGGUUUCCCAGAUGGCUGCAGGUUUCAAUGAGAAGUCCAGUCUGGCUGGCAUGGUAACCGCAACAAGGGGUGAGCCAGGAUCAAGGGGACCUCCCGGGACGCCUGGGCCACAGGGCCCCAGCGGAGCGCAGGGUAUUCCAGGAGAGGCUGGAGAACCAGGCUCCAUGGGUCUCAGUGGACAUAGAGGACCCGAUGGACCCCAAGGGAAACCUGGAGCAGAUGGAGAGUCUGGUCCGGCUGGGAUGACGGGAUUAGCGGGAAACCCUGGCUCUAUGGGCGCAAGAGGAUUCCCCGGACUCCCUGGGCACCCUGGUUUGAAAGGCCACAAGGGUGGCGCUGGUCUCGUGGGCCCGAGAGGAGAACUUGGAUCCUUGGGGUCAAAGGGAUCGUCUGGCGCAGCUGGAGGAAUGGGUCCUCAAGGUCCUCCGGGUGCCGCAGGCCUUCAAGGAGAGAGAGGCAGGAUUGGACCAACAGGACCUGUGGGGAAACGUGGCCCAUCCGGUGAACUUGGUAAACCAGGUCCCCUGGGUCCUAUUGGAAUCACUGGCAUGCCAGGUUUCCCCGGCAACCCUGGAAUGAAGGGUCAACAAGGGCCGACCGGCUCAAGAGGCAGUGAGGGCCCCCAGGGGCCGCGGGGAGACGGGGGUCGCGCUGGGCCACCCGGUCUGAGUGGGAAUCAAGGAGCCGCAGGCCAAGAUGGAGCUCCCGGCUCCAGAGGCAGCACAGGUCUUGCUGGCAUUCAGGGGCCCGUUGGUCUGCCAGGACCUGUGGGGCCCCCCGGCCCCCAAGGGACCACAGGAGUACCUGGACCCAAUGGCCAGCUGGGUGAUGGCGGACUUGCAGGGUUCAAAGGGGAACCUGGACUGAAGGGGGAACUGGGUGAUACAGGGGCCCAUGGGGGUCUGGGGCCGAUGGGUGAGGAGGGAAAGAGAGGACCCCGGGGUGACGGUGGCUCGCAGGGCGCGUCUGGACCUCAAGGAGAGGCGGGAGCUCCAGGAAACCGAGGAUUCCCAGGUGUAGACGGUUUACCUGGACAAAAGGGUGCCGUGGGAGAGAGAGGAGGCCCUGGCUCCACCGGGACCAAAGGCUCAGAUGGAGACGAGGGACGGGCCGGAGAGCCUGGUAUACCUGGCGCUAGGGGUCUGACCGGAGAGGCUGGCAUGCAGGGAUCUGAAGGGAAGCCAGGACCCAUGGGGGGUCCAGGAGAGGAUGGGAAGCCGGGUCCAGCAGGUCCUGUCGGCACCAGGGGAGCAGCCGGACCCAUGGGGGGUCUGGGACCUAAAGGCUUUGUUGGCGAUGCUGGUAAGGGCGGAGAGGCGGGAAGCGCGGGCUCUGCAGGUCAUAGGGGAGUCAAUGGAAAAGAUGGAGAGGAGGGCGCCGCUGGCCCAGCCGGUCCCGCCGGAAUUGCUGGAAAGAGAGGAGAACAAGGAUCUCAGGGACCACACGGAUUUCAGGGUCUACCAGGGCUCACAGGCCCACCCGGAGAGUCAGGGAAACCAGGAGAAGAGGGCCUUGCUGGGGAGGGAGGAGCCAAUGGCCCAACAGGUCUCAGAGGCGAGCGAGGCACCCCAGGGGAGAGAGGAGAUAUGGGCUCUAAUGGCCUCGGAGGACCUAAGGGAAGCCCAGGAUCCCCCGGUCUGGAUGGGCCCAAGGGGGCCUUGGGUCCUUCCGGCAGCGUUGGUGAAGGGGGGCCCCCGGGCCUGCAGGGGAUGCCUGGAGAGAGGGGCGUACCGGGCCCCUCUGGCCCCAAGGGAGACACAGGUUCGGUCGGAGAAAAAGGUCUGGAGGGCAAAGCUGGAUCUGAUGGAGCGAGGGGAUUAGUGGGUGGUGUUGGACCAGUUGGCCCAGCAGGUAAUCAUGGUGAGAAGGGUGAGACUGGCCCUGCCGGCCCCCCUGGGAGGAGAGGAUCCAGAGCGAUGGCGGGGUCUCCAGGUGAGCCUGGACCGACCGGGGCCGUCGGGUUCCCUGGAACUUCAGGUCCUGAUGGUCAACCGGGGGUCAAAGGUGAGCCAGGUGAGGGGGGUCUGAAAGGAGAGGGCGGAGCCCCAGGACCCCAAGGGACUGCUGGGAAAACAGGCGGACAGGGGCCCGUUGGUGUGACUGGGUUGAAAGGCGCCAGGGGAACACAGGGGGCAGCAGGCUCUGCUGGAUUCCCCGGGUUAGCAGGCGGAAUCGGGACACUUGGAUCAAAUGGAGCUUUGGGGCCAGCCGGGCCCCCCGGCCCUCCAGGGAAGAAGGGUCCUGGGGGCAUCGGCGGGGAUAACGGGGCCCCUGGUCUUCAGGGAGAAGAGGGCCCAUCUGGCACCCCAGGGACCGCCGGGGAGAAGGGAGACUCUGGUGAAGACGGACCCCUGGGUCCGGACGGCCCCCCAGGUCCCUCAGGCAUCUCUGGGCAGAGGGGGAUUGUGGGAACUUCUGGUGUCCGCGGGGAGAGAGGCAUGCUGGGAUUACCUGGUCCCGCUGGUACUCCGGGGAAAGCGGGGAGCCAAGGAACCCAGGGCAGUAAAGGACCCGGUGGAGUUGCUGGUUUACCAGGGGCCACUGGGCCCCGAGGAGACGCCGGACCGCUGGGUAUUGUCGGAGCCGAGGGGCCACCUGGAAGGGAUGGCCUUGUAGGGUCCCGGGGUGACAGAGGUAGUGCUGGUCCUGAAGGUGUGGCCGCAGCAGCUGGGUCCCCAGGCCCUGAGGGGUCCGUCGGGACUACUGGAGGGCCCGGGCCCCGGGGACUAGAUGGGGCGAGAGGCCCAAUGGGACCCCUCGGCUCAGACGGUAUUCGAGGGAAAGUGGGACCUCAAGGGCCCCUGGGAGAGAAGGGCCUGCUGGGAGAGACCGGAGAGAGAGGUCAGAAGGGUCACAGAGGGUUCACCGGACUGAGCGGCGCCCCAGGAAUCAGUGGAGCCACUGGAGACGACGGAGCUCCGGGAAUUGUUGGACCCACUGGACAAAGAGGCCCCCCUGGAGUGGUGGGACCCCAAGGAAAGGAGGGAAACAUCGGGCAGCAGGGACCCAUGGGAGCCCCAGGUUCCCGCGGCACCAGUGGUGACAUCGGGGCGGAGGGUCCGCCCGGCGACGCGGGCCCCACAGGACCACCAGGGCCCCCGGGACCCUCCACGGCCGGUGUGGAGGACCUCCUGUCCAGCCUCUUCGACUAUGACUCCAACGUCGGUUCCCUCGACGAUUUUGCGGAAGGCGAGGCCGCUGCUCAGUCCCUCCCAGAGUUCAACAGGGACGAGGCGCUGGCCAGCAACGCAUCCGACGUGCUGCGCGCCGACACGGGGGUCCACGCCACGCUCAAGACCCUCGACGGAAGGUUGCAGGACCUGCGCCGUCCCGACGGCAGCAAGGCCAACCCGGCCAAAACCUGCCAGGACAUCAAGCAGUGCUACCCCAUGAAAGCGAGCGGAAACUACUGGAUCGAUCCAAACCAAGGGAACAGCAGAGAUGCCAUUCAAGUGUUCUGCAACAUGGAAACGGGCGAGACCUGCAUCUCAGCCAACCCCCCCAGUGUCCCCCGCAAGACCUGGUGGACCAAAUCCACUUCCAGUGCCACCAAACCAGUGUGGUACGGAGCGGACAUUAGCAGUGGCACACUGUUUGGAUACGGAAACGCGGGGGAGCCGUCGAACGCGGUGGCGGUGCAGAUGAAGCUCCUGCGGCUGCUGUCCAAGGACUCCCACCAGAACGUCACCUACCACUGCCGCAACAGCGUGGCCUACAGGGAGGCGGCGGCCGGCGGGCUGAAGAAGGCCCUGCUCCUCCGGGGAUCCAACGGACAGGAUCUGCGGGCGCAGGGCAGCGCUCGCCUCCGCUACAGCGUCCUGGAGGACGGCUGCUCGACGCCCAACGGUGAGUGGGGCAGAACUGUGUUUGAGUACCGGACCCAGACCAACGCCAGGCUGCCCAUCGUGGAUGUGGCCCCAAUGGACAUUGGCAGGGACGAUCAGCAGUUCGGUUUAGAAAUAGGACCUGUGUGCUUCUCAUAGAGCGACCCCCCCCCCCUCCCCCACCAUCACCGUCCCUGAAAAUCAACGAUUCAUCAAAGGAUUAGAAGUAGCUCGGUUUGAGGAACAAAGCCAGAUGUUUACUUAAGGACUCUGAAACCACCUUUGUUCAAAAGGCAUUUGGUGUGGUCUGGAAGGAAGGAGGACAGCCUUCUUUUUCCUUUUGUGUUGAGCAUGAACUCUCCUCGGAUGGGGAUGAAUCCGGAUGGUUCUAGCUCUGUUUGACGGC